AUGAUGACAGCCGGCCACGACCCACCCAAACACUGCACCGGUGCGUGGGUAGCGCAAGUCCGAGGAACGGCGUAGUGGACAACUGAACCGCGAACCUACCUUGUCCCUAGAUGUGCACAGUCCACAAGUCCGCCAUGCCCUUCCCUUCCUCCCGCGAGCACCCAGGCACGCAGGGUUCGCAUUCACCUCCUGCCAGACCGGCCCAAGAUCGCCUGUGAGGGCCAAGUCAGCAUCCAUGCAUGCUCGUUGAACGGAAUUGGAAUGAUGCCCUAAUGUGACUGGCCUUUCGCUGCUAGUGGUAGCAGCGUUGGUGGUGGUGCAUCUUCGUUCGUGGUGGUGCAAAUGGUUGCUCUUCGCCACUUUUCACUACAAACCCUCAGGCACUCAGCCAAACAGCUUGUCGGGGAAGAAGGAAUUACCUACAAGUCCACGUUGUUCUCGACCCUGGCCCUUUGCUUGCAAUCGGAAGCUGCUAGCUUCUUUUUCUUUCUCACAUCAUCCUUCUCCAUAUCUUUCUUGUUCUCCACACUUCAUCUGUAAAUUACGAAUGUACUUCCACUCGCUCAUUGUGGUCGUAAGUGCUGCAAGCUUGCACACUUUGUGAAUUGAUACAGUGCUGUCGUGCCUGUUCCGUUCCGUUCCCUUUGCCUUUUCGACGCUGGCUAGCCCUCGCCUCACCUGCACCAGAAACUCAAGCCCGUCGUAGUAUGGUACAUUUGCAACUCCCGAUUGCGCACACGACCUGGUAGUGCGAGCUCUAUCAUUUAGAACUCCUCCGCAAUCGUCCUUCUUAGGCUUCACCACCCAGUUUUUGAAGUUGCAUCCCAAAACCCAGCGCGAGAAGACCGCGCCUCUCAUGGCUGUCGGAGUGGAGCGACGUGCAAAGGAAGCUACCUCCAGGUUAGACCAAGCAUUGCUAGCACAACCCGUCACCGACGCAAUGUCCCUCGAUAUUUCAGAACCGCCCUCCGGGGCGUCAUUUGCCAUACCUGCGACAACUACAGUUCACGAUGGUGAAAUGGAUACCAAACCUGCGCUCUCGAGCCUCGCGAUCGACCCUUCGCACUCCAACCACAGCACAAAGAAACGACGUCCUUCCAAAGACAAGACAACCACUCCGAUCAGACGGUCUUCUUCUACACCGCACAUGCGUAACUUGGCACUCGGAAACAGUGGUGAUUUGUCGCCCACAGAUAAAAGGCGCAACAAAUUGGGCUAUCACCGAACCUCAGUCGCAUGCGGACACUGCCGCCGUAGGAAGAUACGUUGUCUCGUCUCGCAAGAAGAGCCUACCGGGCGUUGCGCAAACUGUAUUCGGUUGAAGAAAGAGUGCAACUUCUAUCCUGUGGAUCAGGCCCCAGAGAACCCGCGCCCCCAGCCAGCUGUUGCUAAAGAAGCAAUUGCUAGUGCACACAAUUCGUCGACGACUUCUUCCCCAGGGCAUCCUCCAGGUUUGAAUGAAAAUACAGACGAAUUCUGCCCUCCAUUUCCUUCAGCGCCGCCGCCAUCUGUCUCUCGCAAAUACCCAAUGAUGAAUGACAUCGAGCUGGACCCGCAACACGUCACUCCCGUAAAUACUUUACAUCUUUCUCAAUCGUCCUUCAAUUACCCACAUGCAAUAGACACACAGUGGCCACCCACAAACAACUUCCUACCGUCUUCCUCUGUCACAGAAAGCCCGUCGUCAUCAACCGGAUACUGGCGACCUUCCCCUUCCACGGCGAACUCGAACUACGGAAGCGAAUCAAACAUGUCUGGAGCACACACUCCUGCAGCCAUGAGCGCCACCUCAGCUAUGUCCUAUGGAGGCCAUCCAGAAACCCCGAACUGGUCUUCCCAGCAGAGCUUCCAACCACCAUCACGGUCCAUGUCCUACGGCAAUAUCGAAGGACUUCCCCAGCAAUUUCCGAACCAAGGGCUUGGCUUACAGCCCCAUCAACCACAACAUGAUUUCUCUCGUCGGACAUCACCCUAUCCGUAUACGGUAUCUAUAGACACGAACCCUUCGACCAUACAUACUACCUUGGGAUCGAAUUCCACGGGUCCUCUCUCCGCCCCAAUCAUUCAGAAUCACCAAUAUACCUAUCCUCCACCAUGGCAGGCGUACGGAAACGAGAUGCCCAUGUCCAGUCGUAGCAUGAGCGGGCAGUGGUUCGGUGACUCGGGCCCAUUGGAUCAGGUUCAAGAGGAGGGCGCUCCUAUGGCGUACAACCACCACCCUGGACUACAGCAAUUAUACUCGGGACCAUAA